AGAUGGAUACUUUCAGCACUAAGAAUUUGGCUCUCCAAGCUCAGAAGAAACUGCUGAGCAAGAUGGCCUCCAAGAACGUGGCCAGCAUCUUCAUCGACGACACCAGCAGUGACAUCCUGGACGAGCUCUACCGGGUCACCAAGGAAUUCACGCACAACCGCAAAGAAGCCCAGAAGAUCAUCAAGAACUUGAUCAAGAUCGUGGUGAAGUUGGGCGUCUUGUACCGCAACAAGCAGUUCGGCGUCGAAGAGCUGGUCUUGAUGGACCGUUUCCGUAAGAAGCUCCAUACUUUGGCUAUGACGGCGGUCAGCUUCUACCAGGUGGACUUCACUUUCGACCGCCGGGUCAUGUCCAACAUGCUCAACGAAUGCCGUGACCUUCUCCAUCAAGCUGUCAACACACACCUGACCAGUAAGUCCCAUUCUCGGAUUAACCACGUCUUCAACCAUUUCGCGGACUACGAGUUCCUCUCCGCGCUCUACGGCUCUUCGGAGCCCUACCAGAGCCACCUGCAGCGGAUCUGCGGAGGGCUGAACCAAAUGUUGGAUGAAGGCAACAUCUGAAGUCAACCAAAAACCAUGGCUUUUCAAGACUCAGCUGUGGACGCGGUGGCUUUGGUCUCACCACUUCCGGAUCUCCUUUUGAUAUAAUGGAGUGUGGUAUUUUAAGAAAGAGAUUGUGGGGAGUGUGUCGGUUUCUUUUCUUUUUUUUUAGAUAUGGUUUCACCUUGGGUUUUUCCACUGUCCUUUCUUAACUUUUUCCAAGGAAUGAAAGGGGGUUUAUAAAGGUUUUUGGUGGAAGGCAAUUAGGGACGACUCUGAUGUGGAGACCGCAACUGAAGGCCAUCUCCAGAUUGGCUUCCGAACAGAAUGACAGAAGGGGACCUUGAAGGUCUUCUAGUCCAACCCCCUGGGUUUUGGUCUUAAAUAAUGAGGGUGCUUGCCUGCCAUCUCGGGUAUCUCUUCACCCUGAAAGGGCUGAAGAGGUGGGUUACACAGACCCAUGUGCGGUCUUGCUAUUAACAGCAUAGCAGAGUGGGAAGGGACCUUGGAGGUCUUCUAGUCCAACCCCCUGCUCAGGCAGGAAAUCCUAUACCAAAGCAGAGAAAUGGUUGUCUAUAAUCUCUUCUUUAAAACUUCCAGUGUUUGAGCACUCACAGCUUUUGGAGGCAAUCCACUGGUUGAUUGUCCUCACUGUUUAGGAAAUUUCUCCUCAGUUCUAAGUGGCUUCUCUCCUUGAUUAGUUUCC